AAUUCUCGCGAUAGGUGAGACUAGGCUUUCCGGAAGUGAUUCUCCGGAAGAACCAUGGUUGCCCCCGAAAUCUGGCCGGGUUUGCACGCUGAGCUACCGACGCUAUGCAGUCAGAUGAUGUUAUCUGGGACACACUCGGAAACAAGCAAUUUUGUUCCUUCAAAAUAAGAACCAAGACUCAGAGUUUUUGCAGAAAUGAAUACAGCCUGACUGGACUGUGUAAUCGGUCGUCUUGUCCCCUGGCAAACAGUCAGUAUGCCACUAUCAAAGAAGAGAAAGGACAGUGCUACUUGUAUAUGAAGGUUAUAGAACGAGCAGCUUUUCCUAGGCGGCUCUGGGAACGGGUCCGGCUUCAUAAAAACUAUGAGAGAGCACUGGAGCAAAUAGAUGAAAAUCUAAUUUAUUGGCCCCGUUUCAUUCGACACAAGUGUAAGCAGAGAUUCACCAAGAUCACCCAGUACCUAAUUCGAAUUAGAAAACUUACAUUAAAGCGACAGAGGAAGCUUGUUCCCUUGAGUAAGAAGGUGGAGCGGAGGGAAAAAAGAAGAGAGGAAAAGGCAUUAAUAGCUGCUCAGCUGGACAAUGCCAUUGAAAAGGAAUUGCUGGAGCGACUGAAACAAGAUACGUAUGGCGACAUCUACAACUUCCCCAUUCAUGCCUUCGACAAGGCCCUGGAACAGCAGGAGGCAGAGAGUGACUCUUCAGAUGCUGAGGAAAAAGAUGAUGAAGAAGAUGUGGGAAAGAGAGAGUUUGUGGAAGAUGAUGAGGUGGAUGAGAGUGACAUAAGUGAUUUUGAGGAUAUGGAUAAGCUGGAUGCCAGUAGUGAUGAAGAUCAGGAUGAUAAAUCCUCCAGUGAGGAAGAAGAGAAGGCCCUUGAUGCCAAACAUAAAGGCAAAACACCCUUGAAAGGACCUUUGCGGAGGAAACGAGCCUAUGUAGAGAUAGAGUAUGAGCAGGAGACAGAGCCUGUGGCCAAGGCCAAAACCACAUGACUUCCCUUCAGACAUCUGCAACAGGACUGAACAUUUUCAGUAUCCUCCUUUCUUUUACCUUAACCAUGUAUAUACCUCCAGGUUUUGCUCUUUCAUACAGUAUUUCACACAAUAUUUGUGUCUUUAAUAUUUAUGCUGCUUCUGCGGGGCAAGGAAAUCUGGGAGUGGAGAAAGCCUUAAGUUGUGAACAGAGUAUUUUUAUAGUGUUGGCAUAUGUUUUGAAGUAACAGCUUGAGCCCAAGAAGCUUAACAGAUGAAUCUGUGGGUGUAAAUAUUUCUAAAUUUUAAAUGCUACCCACCUGUUUUCCUUGGUAUCCUUCCCCCCCACCCCCCCUCAACUUUAUUUAGAAAUGUUCAGAUUUCAGUUUUUUCUUGUUCUCCUUUCCCUACUUCUGUGGGAAUAAAAGAAGGAAAAACAACUAAGUUACACUGUUGAGUGUAAAAAUACCUUUUUUCUUAAAUGAUUCCAUUUAUACAGUUGGAACAAGAAGAAAAGUCUUCCUGUUUUAGGAAAGUAAGACAAAUCUUAAGUUCCAUCGUAGGGCGUGCCUUCAGAAACCUGCUGGACUUUUCUGAUACAGUUCACCACCUUGCUGUCUUCACAGCUUUGGAGAAUUUUGACCAGGAGACCCUGAAAUAUGAAACCAAACAGGCUUUUUCUUUUUAAUUGAUACUUCUGUUCCUUUUACCUCGGUUCUUGUUUCUCGGUACCAUAUUCAAAGAAAGAAAGAAUGGAUGAGACUAGGGAACAGUUCAUGGAACAGGUGUAAUUUUAAAAGCUGUGUUGGCAUGUAGGCAGAUGUCCUGCUGGCUCAGGAAGCAGCAGACUGAUCCCAGCCGAUGCAAAUUAGAUUGGAUCCAGGACUUGAAAACUGCCAGAGAUUAAAGAGCCAAUACGAAGUAAUUUGAAUAAACUGAUAACACAACAAACAAUACUCUAUAAAUAUUGUUAGGAUAUGAAUUUUUUUCAUGCUGCUUUAUAACCUGAAGAUUUCUAAGUGGGAUAAGAAAUAAGGCAAUAGUUUAUAUAUAUAUAUAUAUAUACACACAGCCAUUAUAUGCUUUGGCUAUGACUAGUUAACUUUUGUGGCAUGUGAAACUAAAGAUUUCCCAUGUGGAAAAAUAAGAAUAA